AGGAAGACUUCUAUGGGGAGACUUUCACCUCAUCGCUCGAAACGUAUAUAUGCGUGUUUUCACUAUGCUUUUCCUCUGUCAAAAGCAAUCUCUCGCAUUCCAUAUACAUUAACUUCUAUUCACAUUCAUCGAUUUCCCAUAUAAAUUCGGAAUCGCAGUUAUAUCAACCAUUGUACUAAGUUCAAUUUUCCAAUUAUUUGUUUCCCAGAUUCUUGAGUAGAGAUUCUACUGGCGUUUGUAUUAUUGUUUGAGGGCUCCUGAAUUAUUUUGAUUGAAUGGAUGUGGAGGGAGCCGGUACUUUGUCAGGAAAUGGUGCAGAAUCUGUAGAAUCUUGUUCCCGUCCAGUUCGACGACAUCUGAAUAAUG